UCCGGUUUGUUGUCAUACGGUUCUGGUUACGUUUUGUUUACUAUUCCGAAAGAACUUAAUUUAUGAAAUGAACUUAAUUUAAUUUAUAUUUCAAGACAUGAAAUUUCAAUUUUAGGCAUUCAAAGAAGAUAUGGCAUUACCUCGAUCUUCGGUUAUACAGUUGGAUGAUGGACAUGAUGCACAAUCUGAGCUUCAGUUCCAAGAUUUUUCAUUGGGGGCUACCAGUCCUGAUGUUGCUACUCUUAGUCCUUCUGGAAGUUACUCUAAUUACAAAGAAAAUUUAGAUUCACCUGGAGAUGAAAAUGAAGAUCUGUUAGGCACAGAGAAAAAAGAAGGCUCAUCAUUUUGGAAAUUUAGUUACUACCAGAGUUUUUUUGAUGUUGAUACAGAGCAAGUGGUCCAGAGAACCAUGUGGUCCAUGAUACCCUUGCCAGGUCGAGCAACAUUUCUGGAUAGACAAAUACGACCAAAGCCUGACCUUUAUGGUCCUUUUUGGAUUGCUGCUACUUUGGUGUUUAGUACAGCCAUCUGUGCUAAUAUAGCUAAUUACCUUACAACUGAAGGUCGAAGUGCUCAUACAUGGUCUUAUGAUUUUCACAAAGUAUCUCUUUCAGCAACUGCUAUCUAUUCGUAUGUUUUCUUGCUGCCUAUAAUUCUGUGGGGCUUAAUGUGGUAUAGACAGAGUUCAAAUAGAUACACUCUUCUGGAAAUAUUAUGUGUGUAUGGAUAUUCUCUAGCUAUUUAUGUUCCAAUAUCAGUCUUAUGGGUUAUACAAGUUGCAUGGCUUCAGUGGAUUCUAGUCAUUAUUGGAGCUACACUUUCUGGCACAGUGCUUCUCCAGACUUUUUGGCCCAUUUUUAGAGAUGAAAAUAAAAAAAUUGCUGCUGUUGUUUUGUGUUUGAUGCUACUAUUCCAUACUCUUUUAGCUGUUGGAUUUGUGACUUACUUUUUCCAGCCACCAAAUAGCGGAAAGACUCAGGUAUCUACCAUAAGUAACAUUCCAUCGCCAAGCCCAGAAAAAAGUUCUCCAAUACAUGAAAGAAAACAAAAAACAGUCUCUACAAUUUCGACUGCAGAUCAGCAGCUUAAAAGUUUGGCUCUCAUUUUGGAUAAAGAGAGUAGACCACCUAAGAAAUUAAAGACUAAGAAUGAUGUUGUAGAUCAAAUGGUAAAUGAUGCAGAAAGUAAAACAAUUAAAAACGAAUCUGAUUUCAAAUCAAUUCCUUUAAAAAUGAAUAAACUAAACCACAUCAUUAAUGGUAUUACUGUGAACAAAGCAUAAGAAGUGUUUUAUCUGUAUUUGUUGCAACUUGUAUUAUAUGAAAACAAUUUGUAUGAAUAAAU